GGUAAAUUAACAAAUAAAUCCAAGCUUGCGCACUUAAAAGUAAAAAAAUAAUUUAGCUAGAUCCUAAUUUAAACCGACAAAGAGAGAGACUGGAGAGACCUAUAGUGUCGUAUUAAGAGAAAAGGAAGAGAGAUAAAGAGAGCAUUCGGGAGUGAAGAUGAGUACGGCCAUGGCUUCUUCUCCAAGCCUCCGCUCUCUCGUCGUCUUUCGACUGCCGUCGAUGUGACUCCCGAGGGAUUUUCGACAUGGCCAGAUGCGAGCGAGGAGAUGCCGGAUCCCUGGCAGCGGCCGGAGGAUUCCGUCUGUGGCUGGACUUCUCCGCGGCCGCAUUCCGCCGGAAGCUGCUGGAGGCCAUGAUGUGCGGCGUCUCCAAGCACCGGCGGAAGGGAGGCGCCGCCUUCGGGUCGCCGGAGCAGCGGCCGAGGAAACCCCGGUCGGAGCGGCUAGCGGAGCUGCUGCGAGCGGAGGUCUCGGUGGCCGGCUCCGACGAGGUGGAGGCGGAGACGAGGCAGAGGAUGGUGGUUUUCGAGGAGCUCCAGCUCGUGGUGGGGAGGCUCCAGUCCGGCGGCGGGGACAAUGUGGGAGGGGAUCGAAGGAAGGAGGCGGCCGGGGAGGUGCGGCGGCUCUCCAAGGACAACGCGGAGACGAGGAAGACGCUCGCGAUGCUCGGCGCCAUCCCUCCCCUGGUGGGAAUGCUCGACUCCCCGGAUAUCGACUUCCAGAUCUCGGCGCUCUACGCCCUUCUCAAUCUAGGGAUCGGCAAUGACUUGAACAAGGCGGCUGUAGUGAAGGCCGGAGCCGUGCACAAAAUGCUGAGCCUGAUCGAAUCGGGGAGCUCCCCGUCGGUCUCCGAAGCGAUCGUCGCGAAUUUUCUUGGCCUCAGCGCUCUAGAUUCCAACAAGCCGGUCAUCGGCUCCUCCGGCGCGAUACCAUUCCUCGUGAGGGCCUUCAAGAACCCUAGCGGCACCGCCGGGGGUGGAGGCUCCUCUCAGGAGAGGCACGACGCACUCCGGGCACUCUUCAACCUCUCCAUUGCCGCCGCCAACACCCCCUACCUUAUCGACGCCGACAUCGUCCCCUGCCUCCUGGCGGCGGUCAGCGACGUGGAGGUGAGCGAGCGGGUGCUCUCGGUGAUCUCCAACCUCGUCGCCGCGCCCGAGGGACGGCGGGCGGUGAGCCGAUCGCGGGACGCGUUCCCGAUCUUGGUCGACGUCCUCAACUGGUCGGACGCCCCGGGGUGCCAGGAGAAGGCGGCGUACGUGCUAAUGGUGAUGGCCCACAAGUCCUACGGAGACUGGGCGGCCAUGAUCGAGGCCGGAAUCAUGUCCUCCCUCCUCGAGCUCACGCUCCUGGGGAGCCCCCUGGCCCAGAAGCGAGCGUCCAGGAUUCUUGAAAUCCUGAGGGUGGACAAGGGGAAGCAGGUCUCGGAAGGGUUCGGCGAGGGGGGAGGAGGAGGGUGCUGCGGCGUGCCGGCGGUGUCGGCGCCGCUAGUUGGAGGGGCGGCGGAGGGGGAGGAGGAGGAGGCGGGGAUGAGCGAGGAGAGGAGGGCGGUGAGGCAAUUAGUGCAGCAGAGCUUGCAGAGCAACAUGAGGAGGAUCGUGAGGCGGGCGAACCUCCCGCAGGAUUUCGCGACGUCGGAUCACUUGGAGGCGCUCGCCGCUUCCUCCACUUCCAAGAGCUUGCCCUUCUAGUCCAGCGGCGGACCAAGCCACAAACCAAAGGUGACAAUUACCAAAAAUGGAAGGUUGUAUUCUUCUUUGUUUUACUUCCCAUUUUCGUCGUAUUAACUUUUCUCUCUCCUCUCUUCUCCUAGAAUGAGGCCUCGGCCUAUUUCCCAAAACUACUGCCGUAGUUUUGCUCUACGAUAUGCACCACAGAAGUAAGCCAUGGGUGGUUUUGGUUUUCGAGACCUCCCUUUGUCCCGGACUCUGUUUUGUUGUCAUCUGGCCUUUUACGUCAUUGGGUGAGUGAUGGAAGUGUCGUCCGUUUUCUCAGUUUCCCACCUCCACGGCCGAAUGGCAGACCAGAGCCAGAUCUCCUUCUCUGCCUCUUAAUUCCCCCGCUUUUUAAUACAUAUACAUACUUUGGCCGUUGGUAUGGUUUUGAGCAACGGCUGUGAUAUUUUAAAGUUAAAGGUUUCAGCAUGUUACACUGUGGCCGUUAUUUUGAUCCUGUGGACUGUUUCUGGAGUAAUUCUAUAUCUAUUUUGGUGUUUCGUUGAUAA